AACCACCACAACACCUACUAAACAUUUUAUAUAAUUUGAGCUUAACAUACACAUCCUUCACUUAGCUGAGCUUCUCUCGCUCUGCACUGAACCAGCUUGUUUAUUAGCACUGUAAUGUAAAUAAUGGGCUCAUUUAAGAACAUUUGAUCAAAGCAGCUCUCAAACUUAAUCGCCGCAGCAACAUAUUCCGUCUUUUCAUAGCGCCACAUAUCCAGAUUGCCAAGACAUCUUCAUUCUUCUAAUGUGGUCGCUUCAUUCUUGUACGUGCAAUAGUGUGCAUUCGCAGCGACAGAUUUUUGAAUCAUGUCAUGACAAGCAAGCGAUGCGAUCAGAGAGACUUUAUCAUGUGCCCGUCGAGUUGCGCAGUGCACAUCAAACAUAAUAUCUGGGUGCGUGCACCUAGCAGCGCAGAUUGAACCUCACUAGUGGCUGAUAUUUCUCAGCGUCACUUCUGUUGGUGCAUGAUUUUGUGGCUGUUCGAAUUUUCGCAUUUUUUUGCCUUUGGUGCAAAAAUGCUUAUAACCUGAGCUCUCACCAUGGCCAUGAUUCAUUCGGAACUUGGACCGAAAUUCGACACUUCGAAAGUUAAGACGCCUGGAUGGUCUAUACCUUAGGCAGUGCUUUCGAUCCUUCGUUGCUUUUGAGACGGGUCCAGUCGUAUGCUCACAUGACAUGUUCAGCCGCAUGAUCAUUGAAACUGAGUGUCAACCCAGAGCUGGAUAGUAUGCGGUACGUGUACUUAGACUCUUCAUGAAACAUAAAUCGCAUUAAGUAGAAAUUGAGCUUUUUGUUGUAAGGUUCUUCUUAUUUGUUACCUUGCAGUAGGCUGACAUGUGGUCUUCGAUAUUCAAUUGCCUUGACGGUCGAGCUGCGUCAUUACACUCUGAAAGUUAUAAUAACUUCACUGAUCCUGUUCAUUAAUGUAUGCUGUUAUCCUACCCUGUCAGUAAAGAUAGUCAAGUUUCCGACGCGGAGUACUUCGUGAUGUAAUGUUCUCAUAGUCAAGUGGUCGAAGUGCAUGAAGCUCAUAGCGUUGCCUUGUCUGGCAGUGUUCAACGACGAGCUCGGGCUUUUGUACUUUACACUUAUUGAGUUGCUUGCCACCGCCAAUACAAUCUAGCCAAAAGCACGCUGUAUGCUAAAAUAACUGUCAACCUGUUUUCAAUGUGCGUAAUCUUUAAUCGUGUAUAGUUUGCUCUAAGUGUACAUUCAGACUUUUGUUUCUUAGAAUUUCAGCUAGGCCACAUAUGAGGGAAAAGAAAUAGUAAAGGAGAGGUCUAGUGGGAUGGAUACCUGGGCUGCUUUUGCAGUUGAAUAUAACAUACAGUAAAACAAAUAUGCUUGAUACAAUUAAUGGUAAACCUAAGCUCUAAAAUUGAGCCGCUAUAUAGAGUAGGCACUUCAGCGUCAAAGUUUGAGAAAAAUAUAGAUGCCGUCACAGGACAAUACACUAUUCAAUUCACAGUUUGAGAAACCUUACACUCGUACGCAAGCUUAGAAACGCUAUACAACAUGAUGGCUCUAGCAUAUCAGUCGAGCACGCAAACGUAUGAGAUGAAGCCCAGCUUUCAUUCGCUGCAGCAGUAGAUGAAGCUGCUGGCGGUUGCUGCUGCUGGGGCUGUUCUUCACCACGAGCAGGCUUCGAAAGGGACUCUGCUAGCGAUCCUCUAGCAUAGAAAGCCGUCCUUCCCUAGAGGUCUGGCAAAAGCACUGAUUAUUCGGGGAGAUGAUUCGAUCAAGUGAAGAGAAGACGAGCUGAUCGUCGCCCACCAUGUGAGAAAAUCUGCAUCUUCUCGCUGCAACAAGCCGGAGAAAGCAGGAAACAUUUUGGAACGGAUUUCGUAACCCUAUGUUAACGUUAGGGAAUAGGCGUGACCACAGCGGUAAUUUCGAUGCCGAAACUUCUAGGCUAGCUAACUUUUAUCUCUGCAAUUUAGGAUCCAAAUUUCGUUCUAUAAGUGGCUAUCAGGUUCUUAGAUACCUUUCUUGUAGGUGUCCAACCAUCGUCUUUAAAUGUUCAAGCGCGGAUCCGGAGGGGCUGAACUGCCUCGUCAUUCUUGGUACUCUUGACGGCAGAAUUCAUUGAUUAUGUUACGUGGAAUCAAAAACAUCAGACCAAUCAUAUGCACGAUUCAGAAUUCCAACUAUAAAUCUACCGGAAGCGCAUAAAGCACGACGAGCAGUAUCGCUGAAUGGAUUUGAGAAACUGAUGAAGAGGUGUUUGACGGGAAGUUUUUUUGGACGAAAUUUGAUCCUCUUAGAUGAGAUUGCCUAUAAACUGAAAAUUGGCUUUAACUGCACAUCGAUGAAAAUACAUUUCAGUACUUAAAUAGAAUGAUUGAGUAAGGUUGGAAAUAUGUUCAAGACGCUCAACAUUCUUACUACAUUUUGCUCAAAUUAAAUUAAUCACGACUAUUGCCAAAAAGCACUGUUGUACUGCGUCAAAUAUUAUGGUUUGGGUAUUACAGCGCGCUGCUUGGAAAGAUCAAAAUUAGAUGCAGCCAUCUAAUUGUCACAAAUUGGCUUUAAUGUGGCUGUUUGGAAAAUCAGCUGCCUUUUUUCUCGGAGGAGAUGAUCGGAGGAUCAAGCCCACACGCAGAAUCGACCCUCGCGGAGGAUCGCCAAAUUUCUAUAGAUCACAUAUCGAUCCCCAAUUUUUUUCGUGGCAUCAAUCGUUUGCAUAUGCUAAGUUGGCUAUGAUCAACUUGAAAUGGUGCGACGAUCGCUUGCGCCGGGACAGAAUUUGAGUGACAAAUAUAUCAGUAUUUUUUUGAAAUUUUAAUCCGAGGUAGCUUCAGAUAGCUUCGGGGUCUUUUGAUUGGUGGUGAGGAGAUAAUUGAGCGCUGAGAAGCGUAGCUGGAGAAGCCAAAAGAAGUAAGCUGUAAUCAAAGGAUGCUGACACCAAUGUUUAACAAUGACUUCGAAGGUUAUUUAAUGUGAAUCUCCUGAACAUUUGGAUGGCUGCACUCCAUCAUCACAACACUUUCACAGAUAAUUCGCGGGGAUUCGGACACUGGCGAUGACGUUGUAGGCGGUUGAACUUUCGUAAUUUAAUGAUCCUGCUCGAAACGUGUGGAGGACUUUACUUGUGCCGGUGGGAAUGGUGAAUUGAUGUAAGAAAUAUUUGGUGGUAGCAUCGUUUCAGUGAUAGAAAGCUGCAACGACGACAAAUUUUCUGACGCAGUGUUCAAAGCUCGCGUCGCAGCCAUAAUGACAUUUGAAGUAGCGGUGCUGCGAUUACGCCAGAGUUUUUAACACCGUCGCGUCGAUUUCGCUGGCAUUGAUUAAACUGGGCUUUUUGAUUGGACAAAAACUGUUUGAUAUCUAAAAACAUUGUUAUUGCCCCUUUACAAUUCCUUCGUAUUUCUAA